CAAUAAUGAUGAUCAAAUAAAGCACCUCGGCUUAAUUUCAUUCUGUCUAAAGUAAUCUUCCUUUUUUUCUAUUCUACGCCGAAUUAUCAAAUAUAUACGGACUAUUUGAACAAAUAGAAUGUGGCUAUACUUUGUUAUUAUAGACCUGCUGCUUCUAAAUUAGUUAAUUGUAUGUUCAUACUACAAGCAUCUCUAAGAUGAUGGCCUCCUUCGAUCACCCACCAAUUCGUCCAAAUAAUGACGAGCGCGUUACACAUCACUACGCAGAACUCAAUGGCUGCAGGUAUCAUUAUCUAUUGAGUUUGCCCGUAGGUGGGAAAUAUACUCAGACAGUAUUUCUGAUUCAUGGAUGGCCUGAUGUCUCCAUGGGAUGGCGAUACCAGAUACCUAUGCUGGUAGCGAAUGACUAUAGGGUCGUUGCCCCUGACAUUAUGGGACUUGGGGGAACGGACGCUCCGGCGCCCCUCGAAUUUUACGGGUACAAGAGAGCCUCAGAUGACAUUGCCGAGUUAGCAAGACAGCUUGGAUGUAAGAGUAUCAUACUUGGUGGACAUGAUUGGGGUGGUGCAAUUGUCCAUCGGACAUGCCUUUGGCAUCCCAAGCUUGUCUCGCACGUUUUCACGGUCUGCACUCCAUUCUUCCCUCCAACGGAACAGUUCAUUUCACACCAGACCCUCGUCGAUGGCCCUGCUCCACAACUUGGCUAUCAACUGCAAUUCUCUGGACCUGAUGUGGAAGCGGUCGUUAAGUCUGAUAAUGACAUUCGAUCUGUCUUGAGUGCAAUGUAUGGUGGAGUUACUCAAGAACAGAAGCGCAUCUUCGAUCCAACCAAGGGUAUCGACCUUGCGAAACUGCCUCUCGUUGGAGAGAGUCGACUCUUGAAUGGAGAGGUUCUCGAUUACUAUGGUAAGGAGUUUUCUCGAAAAGGGCUUCAUAGUGGGUUCAACUGGUAUCGCAAUCGCCGGGUCAAUUAUGAAGAUGAUCUAAAAUUGGAAAAAAAGACUAUAGAUGUACCAUGUCUUUUCGUCUUUGCCACUCGUGAUCUAGUUCUUACAAAGGGUCUUGCAACUGGUAUGGAAAAUCAUGUGUCGCAGUUGACGCGCAAAGAGUUGGAUGCAGGGCAUUUUGCUCUGGUAGAGAAGCCCCAAGAAGUCAAUUCUAUUCUCAAAGAAUGGCUGCAGGAUGUUAACGGACCGACGUUUAGAGAGAAGAAUGUGCUAUAAAUAUAGGGCACAACAGCGCUAUUUCCCAUUAUAUGUCCGCUGUAGUUACAGUGUAUUUUGGCGAAUAACCCCCGCGGUGAAAA